GAACAAAGCCUGUUAUUACAUUUCCUCGUGGACAUAAAGAAUAUGCAGAAGUAGACUGUCAUAAAUGUGAAGAGAAUAGAUAUAAUCCGUACGAAGGAAAAAGAUCAGAUUCUUUCUCUGUUUGCGAGAGGGUAAGACGAGAUUGCCGGCGUACAGGGUUCAUAGAAUGUGAUAAAGUGGCUGGAAUUGAGAGACAAUGGACCAAUUCCAAGUGUAUGUGUGAUGUUAGGAAAAACUUUAUUCCAGUUCGUGAAAAAGAAAGUAGGUGCUCAGAUGAUGAUGUAUUGAUGUGUAUUGAAAGAGUGCCUUGUCCAGAUACUCCAGAUGGAAAAAGACAAGAAUAUCUCUUGUCCAAUCAUUCAUGCUCCCCUGUUUGCGGUGAAGGUUAUUACCAGAGAAGCGCAGAGUCAGAUGAAUGUAUUCCUAAAAGGAUUCUUACUGAGGAUUCAAAUACAACAUUAGAUGUAACUACUGAUCCUAUGGAUAUCAAACCUGUUACUGUAGACCCUGUGUCAACAACAGUAAAAAAUAUCACAGUAAUAACAGAUGUUCCAUCCGAUGGCACAAAUAAUGAUAGAGGACCACCAUCAAAAGGUGUA